GGGCUCGGCGGGCUCGGGACCCCCGCCACCCCCGGCCGGGACCCCCCCCAAACCCCCUCAGCCUCACCCCUGUCCCGGGGGGGUGUUUCCCCCUUUCGGGGGAGGGACCCUCCCGUCCGCCCCGCGUCCUCCUCCUCCCCCCCCUCCCCGAAUUCCCACGCCCCCUCCCCAAUCCCGCGCUCGGGUUAAAGUUUGGCGGGGGGGCGCCGGGGCCGAGCCCCUCCCCCGCGGGGCCGUGAGGGGAUCCCCGGGGGGCUCGGGGGGUUCCCCGCGCCGCCCCCCCCGGGCGAUGCCGUCGGUGAUGGAGAAGCCCUCGGGGAUCCUGUCCCGCAGCCGGGCCAAGGCGGGGGGCGGCGCGGGGCCCCCCCACUCCGAGGACGAGGCCAGCGAGGACGAGCACGCCCACGACAGCAUGAUCCGGGUGGGGGCCGACUACCAGGCGGUAAUUCCCGACUGCAAACCAGAGAGCCCCGCUCGCUACAGCAACAAGGAGCUGAAGGGGAUGCUGGUGUGGGCCCCCAACCACUGCGUGUCCGACGCCAAACUGGACAGGUACAUCGCCAUGGCCAAGGACAAGCACGGCUACAACAUCGAGCAGGCCCUGGGGAUGCUGCUGUGGCACAAACACGACGUGGAGAAGUCCUUGGCUGACCUGGCCAACUUCACGCCCUUCCCGGACGAGUGGACGGUGGAGGACAAGGUGCUCUUCGAGCAGGCCUUCAGCUUCCACGGCAAGAGCUUCGCCCGCAUCCAGCAGAUGCUCCGGACAAGCUCAUUCCCAGCCCUGGUCAAGUAUUAUUAUUCCUGGAAGAAAACCCGAUCCCGCACCAGCGUCAUGGACCGCCAGGCCCGGCGCCUGCUGGGCCGCCGGGACCGCGACGACAGCAACGACGAGACUGACGAGCACCGACCCAGCCCCGACGGGGACACGGAGCCUGCGGACCCCCAAAAAGAACCCAGCUAAUUGCAGCCGUGCUACCCCAAGGCGGGGCCGCGCAAGGAGCCGCAGUACCGGCACCACCCCCCGGCGCGGCAGCGGCGCCGCCCCCCCCGCGGGAUGCGCCUGAGCCGCGAGGAUGUGGCCGAGGUCACGGCCAACCCCGACCUGGGCGCGCGGGCCCUGCGCCAGCUCGACUGCCAGCUGGUGGCCCUCAAGCGGCAGGUGCAGCGGAUCAAACAGAUCAACAGCGGCCUCAGGCAGGCGCUGGACGGGGGCCUGGAGGGGCUGCGGCCGCCUGAGGGCAAUGGCAAGUUCAGCUCCCGCUGGACAACGGAUGAGCAGCUGCUGGUGGUGCAGGCCCUGCGCCGUUACGGCCGCGAUUUCCCGGCGGUGGCGGCCGUGCUGGGCAACAAAACAGCGGCGCAGGUUCGGAGCUUCGUGCUGGGCCCCCGGCGCCGCCUCGGCCUCGAGCGGCUCCUGCGGCAGCGCCAGGGCCGGGGGGAGCCCCCGACAGCCCCCCCCGGGGACCGCCCCGAGCCGGAGGAGGACGAGGAGGUGAGGAGGGGCUGGGGCGGGGGCUGGGGGCGGGUCUGAGCUGCCAACUGGUCCCAGUCCCCGUCCCAGCCCUGUCCUGGUGCUGGUCCCCAUCCCAGUCCCGCUCCCGGUCUCUGUCUG